CACGGCACAGUGUUGCUUCGUGCGUACUCAGUACGUACAGUACCGUACUGUACUGGACCAUUGCAGCGUCCCGCGCUGGCGUUCGCAAACUACCUGAGUCGUGUUAGGAAGGAAUAAGAUUUGGGGGUUUGCGUGCGAGUAGCGGCCAGCCGAGACUUCGAGAUGGACCGAUUGUACCACGCGCGUGGGAGAUGUGCGUCGCUGUCGGGUACGGUACACAGGGGCGGAGGGCGCGGGUCGAUGCCUUGCGUUGACGCGAUUGCUCCUCGGAAUUUCCGACAGGGAAGAUCUGACGUGCGAUGGAGAUGUCGAGUACGCGCAAGCUUCAUGGAAAACCCGUAUACAGCGCCUCAGCAGCGUUUCAAGAUUUGCAAAACCUCUGCUUCGAGCUCCAAGCGCGCGCGGCGGGUAUCGCGCGAAAAGUUUUCAGGCGAGUAUUUGGAAGGUUCGCAGAACGGGGUUGGUGGCCUGGCACGGAAGGGUUCGCCUGUCAUGUUGAUGUCGUUCCGACACCGACACCUUUGUCGGUGUGAACAAACCGAACAAUGUACCCCUGUGGCGCACCGCCGGCCUGAUGACGGCCGUCGUUUGAGCAGUCGAGCUCGCGUCCGGCAUACUGGGUCUGGCUAGCUAAAAGUCAAUUUAAAUGUAACUUUGCAUGAGUUGUUUGUGUGGAGAAUCGGGGGCUGAGACACGUGGGAUCUAAGAUGAGAUCGAGGUGCUGAUGAGAUCAGAUGAAGAUCUGCUGGUGAGAAGCUCGAGUGUGUAGAGGAGGGUCAUGUGACAUGGCGUCUUAUCGAUAGCGUUGCCGAGGCGCGCGUGGUUUGUGCGCGUGUUUUC